ACCCGGAAGUGAGCGCAGGGGCGGGACCGAAGGAUCACAACAGAGCAGCUACACCAUUUCCAGUUGUGUUUUACGCCUCUGAAACACGCUCUUCUUCUCUUUCACCGCCGACAACGGACAUGUCACGAAAACCCAAAGAUGAAUACUACCGUUUUUUCACCGUCACUGACCCACGCACACACGAGAAGGGACACACCGAGUACAAAGUGACAGCAAGGUUUGUGUCCAAGCGCCAUCCAGAAGAUGUGAAGGAGGUGGUCGUGUGGAGGAGGUUCUCGGAGCUGAAGAAGCUCCAUGGGGAGUUGGCCUACACUCACAGGAACCUGUUCAGAAGAGAGGAGGAGUUUCCACCUUUUCCCCGCGCACAAGUAUUCGGGCGGUUUGAUGAGGCCGUGAUCGAAGAGAGAAGGAAUGCCACCGAGGCCAUGCUUCUGUUUGCUACCAGCAUCCCUGCACUCUACAACAGUCCACAGCUCAAGGACUUCUUCAGAGGUGGCGAGGUGACAAGGCCUCUGGAUGCCGCCCCUCUGUCCUCUGCCGGGCCCCUGCCGCCCCCUCUUAUCCCCCUCCCCAAGAGGAGGGGCUCGGACUGCGAACCAGCAGAGGAGGAGGAGGGGAGGGAAGCUCCCACCUUACCCCAGGACCUGGGCACCAACCUGGGCUUAGAUGUGGGAGAAGCGGAGGUGGCGGCUGAGGCUUACAGCGAGGUGGGAGGCUCUCCGAGAGAAGAAGAAGAAGAAGAAAAAGAAGAAGAAGAGGAGCCGAGCGAUACAGAACUGGACGACGGAGUUCCGUCUCCCGACCAGCGCGCAGCCUUAAACCUCCAAUCACAAGAAGAAUUUGAUUCACUGUUUGACUCUGUGGCCGAAGAGCUCGUCCCAUUGCCAAAAGAGGAAGGUCCACCUCCUCUGACAGACAAUGACUUGGCUGUCUUUGAUCCCUGCUAUAAACAAGAUAAAUCCAUUUUGUCCGGUGGCCACUUAGAGUUGUUCUCACUGCCGCCUAGCAGUCUGGACGGAGAGGACGUUGCUUACUUAAACCGAGCAUCCACCGAGCUGACCGCUGCGAUGGAGAAGGAGAAGGAGGGAGAGUUUAGUUCAGCCAUUCGUGGGUACAGGACGGCGGUGGACAUCCUGAUCACUGGAGUUCAGGGAGACCAAGACCCGGUACGCAGGGAGUCUGUGAUGAGAAGGACAGCCCAAUAUUUAAAGCACACUGAGAUGUUGGUGGACAGGCACUCCUCGCCCACGCACACUCACACGCCCACACAGACACAUGCACAGGACCCGUAGAGGCACACUUGUGUGUGCACUGUAUACACACACACAAGGACAGCUGAAUGACAAAGAAGCUCAGGGGUUGUGACAUACGAACGCACACACACACACACACACACACACACACACACACACACACACACACUCCUGAGGUACGCACUACACAGCUCACUGCUACAGUAAAAAUGUGUAAUUAGCUAAAUCUAAAAUAAUUCUAACGGAUGAAUAAUCCUUCCACUCUUUCUCUUGUCUGAUUUAUAAUGUUUUAUAAUGUUAUCUUGUUAAAUACAGUUUGCCUUUUUCAAAAAAAAUGCUAUGAUUAAUAAAAAUUGAUUGAAUUAAA